AAAUUUAAUAACUCGGCUCGCGCACACGUCCGCGGCCGCACCCUCUCCCCUCCACCCUCCGCGACAAAACCCUAGCUUUCUCUUCGUCGGCGAUGGCGGCGGCGCCGGAGGGCGGUGCUGAGGAGGUGGGCGAGAGCCGGAAGCUGUUCGUGGGCGGCAUCCCGGCAUCCGCGCAGGAGGCCGAGCUGCGGGCCCACUUCGGCCGCUUCGGGGAGGUGCGUUCCGUCAUCGUGAUGCGGGACAGGGAGACGGGGCACGGCCGCGGCUUCGGCUUUGUGGAGUUCGAGGAGGAGGCCGCCGCGGCCAGCGCGCUCGGCGACGGCGUCAGGCCCAGGCACUUCAUCUGCGGGCGACUGGUGGACGUCAAGAGGGCAAGGACAAGACAGCCACGAGACCAGGGCGAGCAACACUUCCAGCAUCAGCAGGUUGAACAAGGCCAGGGACAGGGCCACCAGGACAAUCAGCCGGCCACUGGUAACGGUUCUGUGGACAGUGGCAACGUCAACUAUGAUUCAAAGAAGGUUUUCAUUGGCGGUUUGCGGGAUAACAUCACUGAGGAGGAGUUCCGGGCUUACUUUGAGACGUUUGGCACUGUAACGGAUGCUGUGGUGAUAUAUGACAGCUUGACAAGCAGGUCUAGGGGGUUCGGUUUUGUCACCUUUGAUUCAGAGGAAGCAGUGGGCAAGGUAAUGCAACAAAGCUUUCACAACUUGAACGGAACGAAGGUAGAAGCCAAGAUUGCUAUCCCCAAGGAUGAGCAGUAUUACCGUAACAGCCGAGGCCGUGGCGGGCGACCCUUUGGUGGGAGGGACCCUGUUGUCUACGAAGGUGUCACAUACCAACCAUACAAUGCUAGAUAUAGCCUCUACAAUGGAUACAUGCCACAACCCGUUCCCACACAGCCCUACUUUCCUGGUCCUUAUUUUGCUAUGGGAGGCUAUCCCUAUGGGAAUGGAUACCCAAACCAAGGUGUCAUGUCAAAUGUUCCUGGCAUGAUGGCAAGGCGGGUUCCUCCAGCCUAUGGGACAUAUCCUCAAAUGUAUCCAGGGUUCAACUUUGUAUACAGAGCUGGUUAUGGGGGUGCAGAUACUUCUUUUCAGCAUGGAAUUAAUGGUGGAAGCGAUAACGUGAAGGGUCAAACCACUGUAGAUAUUCAGGAAGUUGACAGCACUGCUAGCGUUGCGACAAAGUUUGAACUUAUGAAGCUAGGUUCACAAUGACAUUCUGGACUAUUACUUCUUCAUUGAUGACACUGGAGUACAACAUUGUUUUGGGAACCCGCAACUGUGAAGACUUGAGCUGAGAUUCUUUGGUUGACAAGUAUAUCGUCGGAAUUCAUCAACUUACCCCCAUUCCUUUUGUUUCUACUGCCUGUAAACUGAAAACAUGCAAGUUGCUGGCUGUUGACCUCACCCCCCCUGGCUUGUACCAAUGUUUAAAUUCUUUCGCCAUUUAAUGUAUCAGAACCAGACUAUUCAACCCUAAUUGCUUGCGUAA